CAGUUUAAUCCUGAAUACCACCUUCAUUUAUUGCUUGUCACUGGAGAUAUGUUCCAUUACUAAAAUAUCACAUGUUCUGGCUGAAAAUGUCUCCCCCUUUAACAAAUAUCAACUCAUCCUCCACUGAGAGCUCUAAUUCACUGUUUUUGCCCUGUUCAUUCCGGGGAGAAAUUUCCAUGUGUUGUCUUUCACCUGUGCAGGCGUACAGUCGCGAGCAGAAGCCGUCGAAGCAGAUGAGAGAGGACCUGAUGAGCAAGACGGGGCUGGACAUGAGGGUGAUCCAGGUGUGGUUCCAGAACCGCCGCUCCAAGGAGAAGAGAGACGCCAUGGCACGGGACGACAGCUCUGGGUCCCUCCACUCUGGCCCGUCUGCCACUGCCCUCGUGUCUGCUGGAGUGACCGCUGCAUCCUCUCCCAACUCAGCCUCCAUCAUUACUCCUACCAGCAACCCUCUCUCCUCAUCCCUGUCAGACGCUGCCACUCCAAUGGCUACUCAGUAGUUUGAAGACCCGGUUUGCUCUGCACUGACUUGCCGUGCGUACCGUUCACACACUUAUGACUCUUGUAUACUGCAUUCAUCAACAUUUUUUUCUCCUUUUU